AUGCCAAAUGACUUCAUGAAGAAUGCCGAGGUUAACAGAAAAGACAACAAGUUCCCCUAUUGUGUCGUGUUCUCCUACCUACCAUGCGCGUCCACGUUCAUCCCCGUAGUGGGGCAUGUCGGAAUCGGCACAUCAUCAGGCCUAAUUCACGACUUCUCCGGAUCAUACAGUAUCUCCAUUGACAAUAUGGCAUUUAGCGACCCAAUGAAGUAUUGGCAGUUGGACAAGAAUAAACUUCCUCUGGCCAUCACUGACAAGUUCUACGAUGACGCAAUCUUCCAAGCGGACGACGUUUUUUCCAAAAGGAAGGUAAAAGCUACGCUCUUCCUCCGCGGGGGCACGAGUAACAACUGCCACCACCACGUCGCCAUGGUCCUGAAUAGUAUAAAGUAUAAGGGGAGAUCCGACUGGACCCCUUUCAAGGUGGCCCUAAAUCUGGUGAUCCAUGGCCAUUUCGUCUCGUGGAAAUACUUUUUCGUGCUAUACGGACCCUUCCUGUUUAUCCUCCUGCUGUUGGUCUUCCUCGCAGUCGCCUUUUAG